AUGGCACAGAGUUUUACAGGCCAAGACUUAUUUGGACAAGCUCUUGAAGAUGCCUUGGAGGUAUUACAGCAACAUUCUGAUGGCACCAACAAUUAUAUGCCAGGAGAUUACAAAAACUAUCUGACUUGGCAUCACAAUCUUUUCCAAACAAAUGUGAAUAACUUGUCUGAGUCUUUCACUGGAGAAACAACAUAUAACUGGAAUAAUACAACAAAUGACACUGACUUGUAUUCUGGAGCUAGCUAUUGUGCCCUGAAGACUGUUCCAGAAAAUGAAAAGAUGUAUACCACAGUUCUCCAGCAAAAAAGCAACAGAGGUCGGAAAAGACUACGACUGUUUGAAUAUAUUCUUGAGUCUCUUCAUAAUCCAGACAUGGCAAACUGUAUCCAGUGGAUAGAUAAAGCCAAUGGUGUCUUCCAGUUUAUUUCCAAAAACAAGGAGAAAUUGGCAGAACAGUGGGGGGAACGCAAAGGGAACCGGAAAGUCAUGACCUACCAGAAAAUGGCAAGAGCCCUGAGGAAUUAUGGGAGAACGGGAGAAAUAACUAAAAUUCGAAGAAAGCUGACCUAUCAGUUUGGUGCUGUGGUUUUGCGAAAGCUCUCUCUAGCUUGCUUUUCAGGAAAAGAUGGAAAUAUUGAUGAUCAAUUUGUUAAAGCUGAACAGGAAUGCCUGUAUGCAGCUGACUGGCUUACUUAUCAAAACUGCAUAAACCAAAAAGGCUGUGACCUUCAACAGGACAGCAGCCUUACAAGUUCAUUCUACUAUGAAGCUUACUAG